AAAUACCGUUGUGUCAGUGUCAUAUGUCAAAAAGUACUUCCUUUUUCAAUCUUUCACAAUGCAAGGCACACAGCAAAAGCAAAAGAGAGAACCUAUUCAUUCUGUCCAAGUUUUUGGCAGAAAGAAAUCAGCUACCGCCGUAGCUUAUUGUAAAAGAGGUAGGGGAGUUUUGAGGGUAAAUGGAAGACCUCUUAGUCAAGUCGAGCCGAAAAUGCUCCAAGAUAAACUCCAAGAACCAAUUCUGUUACUUGGAAAGGAUAAAUUUUCUGCUGUAGACAUCAGAGUGAGAGUAAAUGGUGGUGGACACGUUUCGCAAAUAUAUGCGAUUAGACAAGCAAUUUCAAAAGCCCUAGUUGCUUAUUAUCAAAAAUACGUCGACGAAGCUUCGAAGAAGGAACUGAAGGAUAUUCUUAUCCAAUACGAUCGUACCUUGUUGGUAGCCGAUCCUCGACGUUGCGAACCUAAAAAGUUCGGUGGUCCGGGAGCACGUGCUCGCUACCAAAAAUCUUACCGUUAAGUUGUAUUUUAAGUUCAAUAUUGUGUUUUUUUGUAUAUGUAUGAAAGUCUACAAUAAACACAAGUUUUUUUCUUAAAAACGC